AUGGCCAAGUCCCAGGAGCGGAGUGUGAGUCUGGGGCUCUGGGUGCUCCUUUUGCUAGGUGCAGGAAUGGAAGAACGUGUGGAGGGAUGUAGCUGCCACCCAGCACACCCACAGCAGCUCUUUUGCAGUGCUGAGAUUGUGAUAAGGGCAAAGAUCUCUGGAGAGAAGAUUGUGUCGCCUAGCAACAGCUCCUCACCUUACAUGAAGAUGAUCCAAUAUGAAAUCAAAAUGAUCAAGAUGUUCAAAGGUUUUGACAAGGCCAAGGAUAUCCAGUAUGUUUACACUCCGGUCUUCUCCUCGCUGUGUGGAGUCAAACUAGACUCAAACAAUAAAGCAGGAUAUCUGCUCUCAGGAAGUAUGUGGAGUGAUGGGAGGAUUUCUAUUGGCCAAUGUGACCUGGUAGAGUCCUGGGACAACUUAUCGCUCUCGCAAAAGAAGAAUCUCAACUACAAAUACCAGAUGGGCUGUGAGUGCAGAAUCAACACCUGUUACACAGUGCCGUGUGCGUCUACAGGGGAAAACGAGUGCUUGUGGACUGACUGGCUGCUGGAUAACAGCCUAAAUGGGGAGCAGGCUCGGCAGUACGCCUGCAUCCGUCGCUCUGACACAACCUGCAGCUGGUACCGCGGUGGGCCCCCUCCUGAGAAAGACUUCCUGGACAUGACUGACCCCUGA